UGCGCAUGUGCUAAAAUGUGACGUUUGCUUUGGCAUCCACGGGUGGUGAUGUGAACGACUAACGGCACAGGCGUAUUGGUCUUCAAAAGGAAGUUACAAGAUCGUCGUCGUUACUCUCAUUUUAAGGCUUACUUCAAAACCUUGGGGUUUUUUUCACCGGAAUGUACACCGAAAAAACAAGCAAAAUAAGGACUUGAACGGCAAGCUAACGCGGACUAGCAUCUACCGCCUCAAGCCCCCAGCUAUACACACAUUUGCUAGCUGUUGUAAACGGGCAAAUAUUUUUGUGUUGGAGCAGCAGUGCGAAGUUUCUUUCGUCGGAAUGACACCGUUGGGACGGUUGUCCUGAAAAAGUGUGUAACUGACCCGUGAUGAGCUAAAUUGAUACAAAACGGUACCGCUGACCAGACAACCGCGGAGGAGAUGAGUGGACUCUGGAGGCGAGACAUGGCUUUGUCAGAGAGGCUGGCGAAUGACUCUCCAGCAGGCCUUGCACUCAAGGCCCCUGCGACGAUGCCCCCUCAGGGCUCAAACUCUUCCUUCAUACCAGAAGCCCCAGUGGUCACUGCGGAGCAGCCCAUUUUCCUCAUGACCUCUACCGCCCAAACGAUAUCAGGCUUUUUUGUUUGGACCGCACUGCUGAUCACAUGUCACCAGAUCUACAUGCACCUACGUUACUACAGCUCCCCAAAUGAGCAGAGACAUAUAGUGAGGAUUCUCUUCAUUGUCCCGAUCUAUGCCUUUGACUCCUGGCUCAGCCUUCUCUUCUUUACCAAUGAGGAGUACUACGUGUACUUUGACACCGUUAGAGACUGCUAUGAAGCCUUCGUCAUCUACAACUUCCUCAGUCUGUGUUACGAAUAUCUGGGAGGCGAGAGUGCUAUCAUGGCUGAAAUCAGAGGGAAACCCAUUGAGUCGAGCUGCAUGUAUGGGACCUGUUGUCUGUGGGGCAAGACCUACUCCAUUGGCUUCCUCAGGUUCUGCAAACAGGCCACUCUGCAGUUCUGUGUGGUCAAACCACUAAUGGCCAUCAUCACCGUCAUUCUCCAGGCCUUUGGAAAAUACAAAGAUGGCGAUUUCAAUGUGGCAAGUGGCUACUUGUACGUGACCAUCAUCUACAACAUCUCAGUCAGCCUGUCGCUGUACGCGCUCUUCCUCUUCUACUUUGCCACAAGAGAGUUACUGGUCCCCUACAGCCCCGUGCUGAAGUUCUUCAUGGUCAAAUCUGUCAUUUUCCUUUCCUUCUGGCAAGGAAUGCUGCUGGCCAUUCUUGAGAAGUGUGGUGCCAUUCCGCAGAUAAACUCUGCUGACUUUUCUGUGGGUGAGGGAACCGUUGCUGCCGGGUACCAGAACUUCAUCAUUUGCAUUGAGAUGUUCUUCGCUGCUGUUGCUCUGCGCCACGCCUUCACCUACAAGGUCUAUAUGGACAAAAGACUGGAUUCAUAUGGCUCAUUUCCGAUCUAUGGACAGUACGGCCGCUGUGCACCAAUGAAGAGCAUCUCCAGCAGUCUGAAGGAGACGAUGAACCCAGGGGACAUGGUGCAAGACGCCAUCCAUAACUUCUCGCCAGCUUAUCAGCAGUAUACCCAGCAAUCCACCCUGGAGCGAGGCGGAGGGCCAGCUCUCUCUCGCAGCCACAGUAACCUCAGCACCAGAGGGGACAAUGAGAAGACGCUGCUGCUCAGCUCUGACGAUGAGUUCUGAGAUUCCACCACAUCCUUAGCCCUUCUUUCAGAAGCCAUGGCCGAGAUAAAGAAUUGAGGGGAAAGUUUGGGUGUUUCUAGAAUAUGUUCAUUAGAUGGCAAAGUUAUGAUUUUUAUUAUUAGCGUCAAAGAAGCCGUUAGAGCAUGGAAGCUGUAUUUGCAAUUUGUGUUUGAUUCACCAUAUGGCUACAUGUAGCUUCCUGAUACUGCACUUUAAACCCCACAGCUAAAGCUAGAUGACAGCUACUGUACAUAUACUGAGCUUAAGCUACAAAGUGCCAUCAUUUUCUGACUUGUGGUGGCUUUUGUCAACUUUUGUCAUGUUCACUCUUGGGUUGACGUUAUACCGAAAAUUUGCCAAAUAGUGAGAGGAGGAAAAUGGGCUCCAAUUAAUAACACUCUGACAGAUUUUUUUUUUCUCAACUGAAUCAGGGCUUUAUUUACACAUAUACAAAUGUAUGAAAAUCAUUCUGUAUAAAACCUUGAAGGUAUGGAUUAGUUAUGAACAUUGUUAUUCCAGAAAUGGCAUGUGGCCCUUGGUUUAGAUGGAAAAAAAAAACAAC